AUGGGAUCCAGCCAAGAACAGAUCAACACGGAUGCCAAGGCCAUGCAGUAUAAUAUGCAGCAGCCCACCAUGGCUCAUCCUCCUACAGCCAUGAAGCUGCAGCAACCAAAACUACGACCAGCCACGGCACCGACCGGCUAUUCUAUCCCGUCCUCUGCUGGGAGUCCCUUCGCCGCUGUUGUUGCUGCUGUUGCCAAGACUGCGUUCGCUCCCGUCAUCACCACCGUCGCCUCGACAAUGUCCACAUCCACCGCGACUGCGACUGCUGUCUCCAUCACAACCCUCGAUCAGCCCUCUUUGUCGUCGACUUUGUUUUCUUCUUCUUUCACUACUUCUCCUACUUCUCCCCCUUCUCUUUCCUUCUCCUCUGACCCCAACUCUACUUCUACCCCCACUUCCACCCUGACCCUUGCUUCCCUCCCUUCCUACCCUCCUCGCCCAGCACAGGCCAAUUCCGCCACUGCCACAAACACUACCUCCAUCACUGCCACACCCUCAACAGCAACAACAGCAACGGUAACAGCACCCUCGCCUCCUUUCACCUCUAACUCUUCAGUCACGGCCUCCUCGGGCUCGACGAUCCGACUAACCUCCAUGACUGUCGACCAAAGCCAGUGGGACCACAGUCCUGGCGGGUUCCCCGAAACCCUAGGUCACACCAACAACGCGUACUCUAAUAACACUCAGGGCUAUGAAUCGACCCUUAGCUCGAAGCAGAGCAGCCUUGACUAUCCCAGGGACGAUGGCUUUUCACAUAUCUCCUUCCUCUACGCCAAUGAAAAACGAUUCGGCGACUUUCACUCGCACUUUAGAACUGUGCCUGAUGACGAAAAGCUGAUUGAAGAUUAUGGGUGUGCGCUGCAAAAGGAAAUUCUCGUUCAAGGGCGUCUCUACAUCAGCGAGAACCAUGUCUGCUUCAAUGCCAACAUCUUUGGCUGGGUGACUACACUGGUCAUUGCAUUCUCCGAAAUCACUGCCAUCGAGAAACGGCUUACGGCCUUUGUUAUUCCAAACGCUAUCAGCAUCGUCACCACAACCAACACCAAGGGCCACUUUUUUGCCUCGUUCCUCUCUCGAGAUGCCGCCCACGAUCUGCUUAUGGCCGCCUGGCGGAAAUCGUUUCCAUGUGCAGCCAACGCCUCGGUCGCCAACAACAGCUACAGCAACGGGUCAUCACGCCAGAGAAGCUCAACCCUCCUGAAUGAUGAAGAUGACAAUACGGAUUCAAUGUCAUUUAUUUCGGGCCGAGGAUAUCCCGAAUCUCGACGGAAUAGGCACAGACGCUCAUUCUCUAAUGCCUCCCAGAGUGCGACCGAUGUUGAGGGAACAGGUAGAGAGGAUGGGUUGUACUGGGGCGGAGACGACAAUGGAGAUGCCAAGGUCCUUGGCAGUGGCAAUAACAGUCUUCGCCGACGUGGAUCCAGGAGGGCUGUUUUCAAGAAAGUGCUCAAAGAUGUGAUGGCACCCAUUAUCUCUGACGACAGCCACAACAAUGCCAUCGACAAUGGCAACGGCUCCAAUGGUUUGCUGUCUCCAAACAGAAUCACUGAUGGACGCAAGACAGGUCGAGGUCGGUCGGUGUCUGAGCUGCCACCAAGACCGGCAUCCUUUGACGGGUCUGGGUCCCGGUCCUCGGCUGAUACGGCGCGCUCUUCUUUUGAUUAUGAAUCACUUUCACCACCACUUCAGCGGGCUCGUGCUGGCACAGAGUCCAUUCCUCAUCGUCGGAACGCCACCGUCCCCGUUCCUAUUUUGGUCGUUCCCAUUGCCACAAACACCUCCAUCACUCCUUCCUUAUCAAUUCAACAGCAGGAUCAACAACAUCAACAUCAAGCGCAACCUGCAUCCAACAGGGGAAUCACCCGCUCACCAACAACUUGCAAAUGCUCCAAGGACAAUCGGCACUAUGCUAACGCAUACAUGAGCGACACUUUCCCUGGAACCCUCGAAUCCAUAUGGAAACUCCUCUUUGACUCUGAUUUCUCCAAAGGCUUUUUGACAUCGGACCUGAUAAAGGGCGCUGAUGUCCAGGAGGAGCCCUGGCAGAAUGCACCUGAUGGUACGACCACCCGUGUGACUCGAUACACUCGAUGGCUCGGCCUGCCAAUUGGACCCAAGACGACCAAGGCGAUUGUCACAGAUGUUUGCGAACACAAGGACUUUGACGACUACAUUACGGUCGUGACCACGACAUCAACACCCGACGUGCCCUCUGGAGGGAGCUUCACGACUAAAGUCAUGACUUGUCUGAGCUGGGCUGGCCCCAAUCAGGUUCUGGUUGUUGUCACUGGAGCAGUCGAGUUUACCAAGAGCAGCUGGAUCAAGGGACAAAUCGAGAAAGGUGCGACUGAAGGGUUGACGUUCCACUACAAGGAGGUGAACCCACGCAUGCGGAAACACAUUGCUUCCCAUCCAGAAGAGUUUGCAAAUGGGUCGUCUGUUCCUGCUGGCCAGGAUACUCAGGCAACUGCAUCGAUCUCUGCAACAUUAGCUGCUCUAGUGGCGCCCUCUGUGGAUACGAAUGGCCAUAUUAAUAGGGCGGAUCAGCAGGCAAAGGAUAUCCAGGAAUCAAGGACACAAGCUUCAGCCGAAAACAGUGACGCCAAACAAUCGACGGCGACAUCAGGAUCAUCGUUGGGCCUGUUCUCGAAGCUCGCGAAGGCACUUGUUUGGGAGUCUGGUGCCGGUGGCAGUAGCAGCAGCAAAGGCGGCAACGAAGAAUCCGACGGCACCGUCUCACACUGGGUUCUGCUCAUGGUGUUGGCGAUUGUGAUGGGAGCCAAUGUCUACAUCUGGUUCCAGAUCUCGAGCGUCUCCCGGCAGAUUGAGCAGAUUCAGAACGACAUACUUUCAGUCGAUCGGGAUCACUCCUAUAACUACCAUGGCCAACACCACCACUCGCCACAGAAGCAUUGGGGAUCACAGGCAUACGAUGAGGCAGGUCAGGACGAGUUUGAGCGGGAAGAGUUAUUUGCGCGGGAGCAGGAGGAUGCGAUGUGGGAAUGGUUGACGGAACGCGAGGCCCGUCAUCAGCGGUACCGCCAGGCGACUGGGGUCUUUAGCGAGAGUCGAGCCAAGGUUGAGAUGAACAGGCGACAACAGUCCCUGCGAGAUCAGGAGCGUAAGCAACAGCAACAGAGAGCACAGGAGUUUUUUGGGUUGACGGAGACAGAGCUCAGACUGCAGGCCAGGAUUGAUGAGCUCCAGGAACAGCUUAUGGUGCUCGACCGUCAGGCAUCGGACAUCAAGAUCGAUAGCCACCAUGUCGAGCAGGAGAUUUCUUCCAACACCGCCACCACCUCCUCCUCCUCCUCCUCCUAG